AUGGGCCCUCGAUUCUUGGCCUUUGGUGGUGGCGAGACUUCGCACGGUCCGCCUCAAAGACGAGCGAAGCACAACCCGGACGAAGACGUCCCGCGCAUCAAAAGGUGGGCACCCAAGGUCAAAACUGGUUGUAUGACGUGCAGAGCUCGCCGGGUGAAGUGCGACGAGACUAAACCAGCUUGCGCGCGAUGUAUAUCGGCCAAGCGCAAAUGCGGCGGCUACGUCUAUCCAACUACGCCGUCCCAACAUACCUCGCCUGAAACAUCCAUCUCUGAACAGCCGACACUGUCUACGGCUCCUCAUGGUCACACUCCCACCCAGAAAGAGAGGCAGAUCUUUCACCUCCUACAGACGCUCAUAGUGCGCCAGGUCAAUGGUGGCAUCAAGCCCGACUUUUGGACGAAGAAUCUGCUGCGUGCUACCUAUGUCUACCCCGCCAUUUGGCACGCAGCGCUGGCGCUGGCGGCAAUGUAUCAAAGGGCCAAUAUUUUGUUCAAUGGGGGGGAUUCUCGCUUGGCAGAAGAGCAUUAUACAUUUGCCUCCCAACAGUAUACGUUAUCAUCUAGGUUUAUCAUCGCCAUGAACGACAACAUGGUGUCAGGAGCGGAACAGGAAAUGUUACUCACCGCGACUGCGCUGUACACUGGCAUCUGCUUGCUGCGUGCCGACCUAAGUCAAGCGCGGACUCAUGCGGCUGGUGCUGCAAAACUGUCCAAACAGUGGAAGUUUUUGGACGAGGCAAAUCAUCAAGAGUCGGAAGGAGUCAUUGGACGGGCGAAUACGAUGCAGCUCAUUCGAGAUGUCUAUUAUUCGUUUGACUCAAUCGCCAGCUUCACCGAGGAUGUAGCAUCUCACUUCCAGGCACCAGUGCCGCUAAUUACAGAGCCUUUUGACUCGCUAGAUGAAGCCUACUAUGCGUAUCUGAAUAUCCACUCAGGCUGGGCCAGAAUCAAGAGUUGGGAGCCACAGAAUAGCGGUACACGAGGAGCGUCUCCGUCGCCAGGACAGAUGCAGGUGCGACAGCACGCGCUCCGUCUGUGGACAAUUCGCUUCGAAGGCUACUUACAACUGGCUCACCACGCGCCAGAGGAUGCUGACAUUAUUGCGCUGCUGCAGCUAUUUCGUCUGUUUGAAGAAACGUUCGAUGCCAUCAUGAUACACCGGAGUCCAGAGAUUUGGGUGAAACAUGCGCACAAGUGGGAGCGGAUCGUCAACGCGGCAGAGCAGCUGGUCAAGAAGCAAAUGCGCCGUGAGAAUGCUGGGUUGUCGCUGACGGGCAUUUUUUAUUACUCACUCUCUGUACAAGAAGUGCUGCGCCUGACGGGCUUCGUUUGUCGAAACGGCGCCAUCAGACGACGCAUCAUCAUGCUGCUCCAAAAGUGGCGUCACUGCGACGGCUUGUGGGACAACGAAAUAUCGUGGAAGUUGGUGGAAGCAAAGAUGCUCAUGGAAGAACAAGCGCUAGCGGCAGCUGCGCCGACCUCGUGCGAAUGCGUCCCGGACUUGUUUUUUUGCAUAGAUCACCGCGUCGCGUAUGUAAAGAUGUAUCUCCCAGAACAGGGUGGCCUUUCCGCUCACAUGAAGACUGGCGCGGAGCUCAAGCAGGGCCUCUCUGGCAAAAAGAAGUGGUGCAAGGGGCUGAGACGCUGA